CCCCCGCGCCGCCCACAGCAGCCGCCGCCGCCGCCUCAGCUCCGGUCCCGGAUCCCCCCGCGCCCGGCAGAGGAAAUGCACGGCCGGCUCAAGCUCCGCCCCCCGGACGCGGCCCGGCGCCGGCAGCGAGAGGAGAAACUGCGGCAGUACCGGGAGGCCAUGGACGCCUUACUGGGGGGGGCGCCCCCCGCCCAGGUGCUCUCCCUCACGGGCUCCGUCCUGGCGGCCAAUCCCGACGUGGGCACCUGCUGGAACCUGCGGAGACGCGCACUGGGAGCACUGGGAGGCGACUGGGUGCCCUCGGAGCUCUCCUUCGUGGCGCAGUGCCUGGGGGUGAACCCCAAAUCCUACGGGGCGUGGCACCACCGGGGCUGGGUGCUGGGCCACGCCCCGGCGCCCCCCGCUGGCCGGGAGGACCUGGCGCUGUGCGAGCGCCUCCUGGCGGCCGACUCGCGCAACUUCCACGCCUGGGAGCACCGGCGGGCGCUGGCGGCCGGGCAGGACCCCGAGGCUGAGCUGGCCUUCGCCGGGGCGCUGCUGAGCCGAGACUUCUCCAACUUCUCGGCCUGGCACCACCGGCUGCGGCUGCUGGCGCCCGCCAGGAACCGCGGCGAGGGCGCGGCCGGGGCGCUGCCCCCCGAGAGGCUGAAGGAAGAGCUGGAGCUGGUGCAGAACGCCAUCUUCACCGACCCCACGGACCAAAGUGCCUGGGUCUACCUUCGCUGCAUCCUCUCCCGGGCCCCCCCGCCGCCGAGGGUCAUCUGUGUCCACGUCGACCGGGAGGAUGCAACCGUGGCCGUCAUCUUCUCCCGGCCCGUCAGGGUGAACCCGGAGCACCCAGAGCUGAGGGCGACGCUGGACGGCUCCACCCUGCCCGGGCCCUGGCGCUCGGGAGAGGGGCGGCCACGCCCCAGCCACACCUGGCUCUGCCACCUCCCUGCCCCGCCCAGUGACUGCCCCGCCCUCCUGGAGGUCACCUGGGAGCCGGACUCCACCCCCCGCCAGGUGACGCUGCAGCCAGGUGAGGCCGAGGCUUGGUGGCAGGAGCCAAUCGUGGAGCGGGAGCUGUUCUGGCCGGAGCUGGGCGUGGCCGAGGCCCAGGUGCUGCAGGACCAGGUGCGGAUGUGCCGGGAGCUGCUGGAGCUGGAGCCCCAGAGCCGCGGCUGCCUGCUGACCCUGGCCCUGCUCUUGGCCGCUCUGGAGCCGCGCGGCUGCGCCCAGGAGAUCCGGCAGCACCUGGGGGGCCUGCAGGACGCCGACCCGCUGCGCUGGGGGUUCGUGGCCGACGUCCGCUCGCGCUUCGAGGCGGCGCUGGGCGUGCUGGGAGCGGGCGAGGGGCUGAGCCUCAGCGCCAAGGGCCUGACCUCGGUGCCCCUGCUGGAGCGCCUGGCCGCGCUGACCCGGCUGGAGCUGAGCGGGAACGAGCUGCGGGCGCUGCCGGCGGCGCUGGGAGCGCUGCGGAGGCUGCGGGAACUGGAUCUCUCCCGUAACCGAAUUUCCGAACUGGGCGCGGCCCCGCCCCUCCCCCGCCUGGAGCUGCUGCGGCUGGACCGGAACCCCAUUGGCCACGCCCCCGCUCUCUCCCCAUUGGCUGCCUGGCCCCGCCUCGCCCGGCUGGGAUUGGCUGAGACCCCGCUGGGCUCCGCCCCCCACGGCCCCGCCCUGCUGGCCGAGCUGCUUCCGGGUGUUGACGUCACCUUCAGCUGAUUGGCUGCCGCCGUUCCUGGACACGCCCACUUUUCUGGGGCGGCACUUCCGGGUGGGGAGCGUGUUUCAUGAGUUGGCCACGCCCCUUCCUGUGCCGGCGCGGUCACUUCCGGGUUUGGAUCUGCUCAUUUCCGGUGUUCAAUAAAGUGAUGUCUCCCAGUCC